AUGCAUGGUAAACAGCCAGUAACAACAGCAGAGUUUUGUGAAGACGAAAUGAGAAAUGUUGGAGCUAUUCCUGAUCAAUAUGUAGAUUACAGCAACGAAAUAAACCCACAAGUAGAUUCCCAAAUCAACGGAACCGCAUGGACCCCUGACAUAUUGAAUGACAAAAGCCCGAAUGUCACCGUUUACUUCCCCACUACUGCAAUCGUGAAUGCCAUUUUAGUACAAGGCGGUGGAAUUAAUGAUUCUUACUUGGAGAAAUUUUAUGUGAAGGUGAAAAAUUUGGACGGACAGUGGGAAGAUAUAAAUGAUAUCGAUGGAAAUCCCAUGGAGUUUGUAGGCAAUACAGAUGGAGAUAGUGUUGUGACUGUAGAUCUACCAUCAUUGGAACAAGUGAAGGCAAUUCAGAUCAUUCCAAUAGCACAAUCCGAGCCUAUUAAACUCCGAUUUGAUUUAAUUGGCUGUGUUAUGGAGUCCACUACACAGGGUGUAAUGACAGUUCCUACAGUUGGACCAUCCGUUACAGGAACAACUAUUCCUAGUGUAGGACCAUCAGUAACGGUUUCAACUACUCAAAAGGGUGCCGCAGGUGGAACGUCUCCACCUAGAAUAUCAUUUGGAACUUCAACUAUUUCUGGAACAACUAUAACUAGUGUAGGACCAUCAGUUAGUGGAACAACUAUCCCAGGAACGGGGCCAUCAGUUAGUGGAACAACUGUCUCUGUUUCAGGACCAUCUGCUACAGGAACAACUAUUCCCAGUGUAGGACCAUCCGUAACUGGAACAACUAUCCCAGGAACUGGACCAUCAGUUAGUGGAACAACUAUUUCUGGAACAGCACCAUCAAUAAGUGGAACAACUGUCCCUGGAACUGGUCCAUCAGCUAGUGGAUCAACUAUCUCUGUUACAGUACCAUCUGUAAGCGGAACAACUAUAUUUGGCACAGCACCUGUAGGACCAUCAGUAACGGUUUCAACUACUCAAAAGGGUGCAGCAGGUGGAACGUCUCCACCUAGAAUAUCAUUUGGAACUUCAACUAUUUCUGGAACAACUAUAACUAGUGUAGGACCAUCAGUUAGUGGAACAACUAUCCCAGGAACUGGGCCAUCAGUUAGUGGAACAACUAUUUCUGGAACAGCACCAUCAGUAAGUGGAACAACUGUCUCUGGAACUGGUCCAUCAGCUAGUGGAUCAACUAUCUCUGUUACAGUACCAUCUGUAAGUGGGACAACUAUAUCUGGCACAGUAUCAUCAGUAAGUGGAACAACUGUCUCUGUUUCAGGACCAUCUCUUACAGGAACAACACUUCCUAGUGUGGGACCAUCAGUAACUGGAACAACUGUCCCUGGAACUGGGCCAUCAGCUAGACCAUCUGUUACAGGAUCAAUUAUUCCCAGUGUAGGACCAUCCGUAACUGGAACAACUGUCCCUGGAACUGGGCCAUCAGCUAGAACAACUAUUCCUAGUGUAGGACCAUCAGUAACGGUUUCAACUACUCAAAAGGGUGCAGCAGGUGGAACGUCUCCACCUAGAAUAUCAUUUGGAACUUCAACUAUUUCUGGAACAACUAUAACUAGUGUAGGACCAUCAGUUAGUGGAACAACUAUCCCAGGAACUGGGCCAUCAGUUAGUGGAACAACUAUUUCUGGAACAGCACCAUCAAUAAGUGGAACAACUGUCCCUGGGACUGGUCCAUCAGCUAGUGGAUCAACUAUCUCUGUUACAGUACCAUCUGUAAGUGGGACAACUAUAUCUGGCACAGUACCAUCAGUAAGUGGAACAACUGUCUCUGUUUCAGGACCAUCUGUUACAGGAACAACACUUCCUAGUGUGGGACCAUCAGUAACUGGAACAACUGUCCCUGGAACUGGGCCAUCAGCUAGAACAACUAUUCCCAGUGUAGGACCAUCCGUAACUGGAACAACUGUUCCUAGUCUAGGACCAUCCGUAACUGGAACAACUGUCCCUGGAACUGGGCCAUCAGCUAUACCACCUGUAAGUAGGACAACAAUAUCUGGCACAGUACCAUCAGUAAGUGGAACAACUGUCUCUGUUUCAGGACCAUCUGUUACAGGAACAACUAUUCCCAGUGUAGGACCAUCCGUAACUGGAACAACUGUCCCUGGAACUGGGCCAUCAGCUAGUGGAUCAACUAUCUCUGUUACAGUACCACCUGUAAGUGGGACAACCAUAUCUGGCACAGUACCAUCAGUAAGUGAAACAACUAUCUCUGUUUCAGGACCAUCUGUUACAGGAACAACUAUUCCCAGAACAACUAUUCCUAGUGUAGGACCAUCAGUAACGGUUUCAACUACUCAAAAGGGUGCAGCAGGUGGAACGUCUCCACCUAGAAUAUCAUUUGGAACUUCAACUAUUUCUGGAACAACUAUAACUAGUGUAGGACCAUCAGUUAGUGGAACAACUAUCCCAGGAACUGGGCCAUCAGUUAGUGGAACAACUAUUUCUGGAACAGCACCAUCAGUAAGUGGAACAACUGUCUCUGGAACUGGUCCAUCAGCUAGUGGAUCAACUAUCUCUGUUACAGUACCAUCUGUAAGUGGGACAACUAUAUCUGGCACAGUACCAUCAGGAGGUGGAUCAACUGUCUUUGUUUCAGGACCAUCUGUUACAGGAACAACACUUCCUAGUGUGGGACCAUCAGUAACUGGAACAACUGUCCCUGGAACUGGGCCAUCAGCUAUACCAUCUGUAAGUGGGACAACUAUAUCUGGCACAGUACCAUCAGUAAGUGGAACAACUGUCUCUGUUUCCGGACCAUCUGUUACAGGAACAACACUUCCUAGUGUGGGACCAUCAGUAACUGGAACAACUGUCCCUGGAACUGGGCCAUCAGCUAUACCACCUGUAAGUGGGACAACCAUAUCUGGCACAGUACCAUCAUUAAGUGGAACAACUAUCUCUGUUUCAGGACCAUCUGUUACAGGAACAACUAUUCCCAGAACAACUAUUCCUAGUGUAGGACCAUCAGUAACGGUUUCAACUACUCAAAAGGGUGCAGCAGGUGGAACGUCUCCACCUAGAAUAUCAUUUGGAACUUCAACUAUUUCUGGAACAACUAUAACUAGUGUAGGACCAUCAGUUAGUGGAACAACUAUCCCAGGAGCUGGGCCAUCAGUUAGUGGAACAACUAUUUCUGGAACAGCACCAUCAGUAAGUGGAACAACUGUCUCUGGAACUGGUCCAUCAGCUAGUGGAUCAACUAUCUCUGUUACAGUACCAUCUGUAAGUGGGACAACUAUAUCUGGCACAGUACCAUCAGUAAGUGGAACAACUGUCUCUGUUUCAGGACCAUCUGUUACAGGAACAACACUUCCUAGUGUGGGACCAUCGGUAACUGGAACAACUGUACCUGGAACUGGGCCAUCAGCUAGAACAACUAUUCCUAGUGUAGGACCAUCAGUAACGGUUUCAACUACUCAAAAGGGUGCAGCAGGUGGAACGUCUCCACCUAGAAUAUCAUUUGGAACUUCAACUAUUUCUGGAACAACUAUAACUAGUGUAGGACCAUCAGUUAGUGGAACAACUAUCCCAGGAACUGGGCCAUCAGUUAGUGGAACAACUAUUUCUGGAACAGCACCAUCAAUAAGUGGAACAACUGUCCCUGGGACUGGUCCAUCAGCUAGUGGAUCAACUAUCUCUGUUACAGUACCAUCUGUAAGUGGGACAACUAUAUCUGGCACAGUACCAUCAGUAAGUGGAACAACUGUCUCUGUUUCAGGACCAUCUGUUACAGGAACAACACUUCCUAGUGUGGGACCAUCAGUAACUGGAACAACUGUCCCUGGAACUGGGCCAUCAGCUAGACCAUCUGUUACAGAAACAACUAUUCCCAGUGUAGGACCAUCCGUAACUGGAACAACUGUCUCUGGAAUUGGGCCAUCAGCUAGAACAACUAUUCCUAGUGUAGGACCAUCAGUAACGGUUUCAACUACUCAAAAGGGUGCAGCAGGUGGGACGUCUCCACCUAGAAUAUCAUUUGGAACUUCAACUAUUUCUGGAACAACUAUAACUAGUGUAGGACCAUCAGUUAGUGGAACAACUAUCCCAGGAACUGGACCAUCAGUUAGUGGAACAACUAUUUCUGGAACAGCACCAUCAGUAAGUGGAACAACUGUCUCUGGAACUGGUCCAUCAGCUAGUGGAUCAACUAUCUCUGUUACAGUACCAUCUGUAAGUGGGACAACUAUAUCUGGCACAGUACCAUCAGUAAGUGGAACAACUGUCUCUGUUUCAGGACCAUCUGUUACAGGAACAACACUUCCUAGUGUGGGACCAUCAGUAACUGGAACAACUGUCCCUGGAACUGGGCCAUCAGCUAGAACAACUAUUCCUAGUGUAGGACCAUCAGUAACGGUUUCAACUACUCAAAAGGGUGCAGCAGGUGGAACGUCUCCACCUAGAAUAUCAUUUGGAACUUCAACUAUUUCUGGAACAACUAUAACUAGUGUAGGACCAUCAGUUAGUGGAACAACUAUCCCAGGAACUGGGCCAUCAGUUAGUGGAACAACUAUUUCUGGAACAGCACCAUCAAUAAGUGGAACAACUGUUCCUGGAACUGGGCCAUCAGUUAGUGGAACAACUAUUUCUGGAACAGCACCAUCAGUAAGUGGAACAACUGUCUCUGGAACUGGUCCAUCAGCUAGUGGAUCAACUAUCUCUGUUACAGUACCAUCUGUAAGUGGGACAACUAUAUCUGGCACAGUACCAUCAGUAAGUGGAACAACUGUCUCUGUUUCAGGACCAUCUGUUACAGGAACAACACUUCCUAGUGUGGGACAAUCAGUAACUGGAACAACUGUCCCUGGAACUGGGCCAUCAGCUAGACCAUCUGUUACAGAAACAACUAUUCCCAGUGUAGGACCAUCCGUAACUGGAACAACUGUCCCUGGAAUUGGGCCAUCAGCUAGAACUGGUCCAUCAGCUAGUGUAUCAACUGUCUCUGUUACAGUACCACCUGUAAGUGGGACAACAAUAUCUGGCACAGUACCAUCAGUAAGUGGAACAACUGUCUCUGUUUCAGGACCAUCUGUUACAGAAACAACUAUUCCCAGUGUAGGACCAUCCGUAACUGGAACAACUGUCCCUGGAACUGGGCCAUCAGCUAGAACAACUAUUCCUAGUGUAGGACCAUCAGUAACGGUUUCAACUACUCAAAAGGGUGCAGCAGGUGGAACGUCUCCACCUAGAAUAUCAUUUGGAACUUCAACUAUUUCUGGAACAACUAUAACUAGUGUAGGACCAUCAGUUAGUGGAACAACUAUCCCAGGAACUGGGCCAUCAGUUAGUGGAACAACUAUUUCUGGAACAGCACCAUCAGUAAGUGGAACAACUGUCUCUGGAACUGGUCCAUCAGCUAGUGGAUCAACUAUCUCUGUUACAGUACCAUCUGUAAGUGGGACAACUAUAUCUGGCACAGUACCAUCAGUAAGUGGAACAACUGUCUCUGUUUCAGGACCAUCUGUUACAGGAACAACACUUCCUAGUGUGGGACCAUCAGUAACUGGAACAACUGUCCCUGGAACUGGGCCAUCAGCUAGACCAUCAGUUAGUGGAACAACUAUCCCAGGAACUGGGCCAUCAGUUAGUGGAACAACUAUUUCUGGAACAGCACCAUCAAUAAGUGGAACAACUGUCCCUGGAACUGGGCCAUCAGUUAGUGGAACAACUAUUUCUGGAACAGCACCAUCAGUAAGUGGAACAACUGUCUCUGGAACUGGUCCAUCAGCUAGUGGAUCAACUAUCUCUGUUACAGUACCAUCUGUAAGUGGGACAACUAUAUCUGGCACAGUACCAUCAGUAAGUGGAACAACUGUCUCUGUUUCAGGACCAUCUGUUACAGGAACAACACUUCCUAGUGUGGGACAAUCAGUAACUGGAACAACUGUCCCUGGAACUGGGCCAUCAGCUAGACCAUCUGUUACAGAAACAACUAUUCCCAGUGUAGGACCAUCCGUAACUGGAACAACUGUCCCUGGAAUUGGGCCAUCAGCUAGAACAACUAUUCCUAGUGUAGGACCAUCAGUAACGGUUUCAACUACUCAAAAGGGUGCAGCAGGUGGAACGUCUCCACCUAGAAUAUCAUUUGGAACUUCAACUAUUUCUGGAACAACUAUAACUAGUGUAGGACCAUCAGUUAGUGGAACAACUAUCCCAGGAACUGGGCCAUCAGUUAGUGGAACAACUAUUUCUGGAACAGCACCAUCAGUAAGUGGAACAACUGUCUCUGGAACUGGUCCAUCAGCUAGUGGAUCAACUAUCUCUGUUACAGUACCAUCUGUAAGUGGGACAACUAUAUCUGGCACAGUACCAUCAGUAAGUGGAACAACUGUCUCUGUUUCAGGACCAUCUGUUACAGGAACAACACUUCCUAGUGUGGGACCAUCAGUAACUGGAACAACUGUCCCUGGAACUGGGCCAUCAGCUAGACCAUCUGUUACAGGAACAAUUAUUCCCAGUGUAGGACCAUCCGUAACUGGAACAACUGUCCCUGGAACUGGGCCAUCAGCUAGAACAACUAUUCCUAGUGUAGGACCAUCAGUAACGGUUUCAACUACUCAAAAGGGUGCAGCAGGUGGAACGUCUCCACCUAGAAUAUCAUUUGGAACUUCAACUAUUUCUGGAACAACUAUAACUAGUGUAGGACCAUCAGUUAGUGGAACAACUAUCCCAGGAACUGGGCCAUCAGUUAGUGGAACAACUAUUUCUGGAACAGCACCAUCAAUAAGUGGAACAACUGUCCCUGGAACUGGGCCAUCAGUUAGUGGAACAACUAUUUCUGGAACAGCACCAUCAGUAAGUGGAACAACUGUCUCUGGAACUGGUCCAUCAGCUAGUGGAUCAACUAUCUCUGUUACAGUACCAUCUGUAAGUGGGACAACUAUAUCUGGCACAGUACCAUCAGUAAGUGGAACAACUGUCUCUGUUUCAGGACCAUCUGUUACAGGAACAACACUUCCUAGUGUGGGACCAUCAGUAACUGGAACAACUGUCCCUGGAACUGGGCCAUCAGCUAGAACAACUAUUCCUAGUGUAGGACCAUCAGUAACGGUUUCAACUACUCAAAAGGGUGCAGCAGGUGGAACGUCUCCACCUAGAAUAUCAUUUGGAACUUCAACUAUUUCUGGAACAACUAUAACUAGUGUAGGACCAUCAGUUAGUGGAACAACUAUCCCAGGAACUGGGCCAUCAGUUAGUGGAACAACUAUUUCUGGAACAGCACCAUCAGUAAGUGGAACAACUGUCCCUGGAACUGGAACAACUAUUUCUAGUGUAGGACCAUCCGUAACUGGAACAACUGUCCCUGGUACAGGACCGUCAGUAAGUGGAACAACCGUCUCUGUUACAGCACCAACAGUAAGUGGAACAACUGUCCCUGGAACAGUGUCAUUAGUUAGUGGAACAACUGUACCUGGAACUGGGUCAUCAGUUAGAGGGACAACUAUAUCUGGCACAGGACCGUUAGUAACAACUGUCUCUGUUACAGCACAAUCUGUUACCGGCACAACCGUAACUGUGGCACCUGGAACAUCAGUAUCGGUUGGAGCAACAGCAACUGGUACUACUGCAGCUGUUCAAACACGAACUACAGCUUCAAUAUCCACAGCUGGUACCCAAACGACACCUGGUCUACCACCAACACCACCAGGCCCGUCGGUUACUGGUCCAUCGCCAACAGAAGCAACAGUAUCUGGAUCAACACCUGUAACAAUAAUAACUACUCGUAAAGGUGCUGCAGCUGGAUCUAUUCCUUCACAAAUGACAUUUAGAACAACAACGACUGUUCCAGGGCAAACAGUUUCUAGUACAUUCGAGGUUGGUACUGGCACCAGCAUAUUAACCACAAUACCAACGGCUACCGGAACACAAUUUCCAGGUACGACAAUUUCUUCUUCUUGA